AUGUCAGCGGCAAAAGAGAAGGCCGUACAAUUCCAGACGCCUGGUAUCAAUGAAACUGAAGAAAGUCCGAAGAAGCUCAACAAGCAUGCUUGCGCUUCUGUGGUAGUUGCCUCUAUCAUCUCCAUGAUAUAUGGCUACACCAUCGCAGUAAUGUCCGGAGCUCUAUUAUUCAUAAAGGAGGAUCUUAAAAUCAGUGACCCGCAAGUACAGCUUCUGGCAGGCAUCUUAAACGCUUGCGCACUUCUAGGAUCGUUGGCCUCCGGCAGAAUCUCCGACGUCAUGGGGCGGCGCUACACCAUUAUUGUGGCUUCCCUCUUAUUCUUGGCGGGCUCCAUCUUGAUGGGCUACGGCCCAUCAUAUCCAAUCCUAAUGAUCGGAAGAUGCGUUUCAGGAUUUGGGGCGGGCUUUGCAUUGCUGACAGCACCUGUUUACUGUGCAGAGAUCUCGCCACCUUCUUCCAGAGGCUUACUAACGUCCGUUCCAGAAUUGUCCAUCAACGUGGGACUCCUGCUCGGCCACGCUUCAAACUACUGUUUCGGAAAGCUGAGCCUCAGACUCGGAUGGAAGUUGAUGGUAGGUGUUACAGCGAUCCCUUCGCUAGGUCUGGCCAUUCUCAUGUUAAAAAUGGUGGAGUCUCUGAGGUGGCUGGUCAUGCAAGGCCGUGUGGGUGAGGCCAGAAAGGUGCUUUUACUCGUCUCUAAUUCUGACCUUGAAGCCACAGAGCGCUUGCGGGGUAUCAAAAUCGCUGCUGGUAUCGAUGAAAAUUGCGACCAAGACACUGUUCCGGUGCCAAAGAAGACGGGGGGUGGAGCAGGAGCUUUGAAAGCGCUAUUGUAUAGGCCUUCACAUUCAGUACGGAGAAUUCUUAUUGCAGCAGUAGGAGUACACUUAUUUCUGCAGCUAAGUGGAUUCCAUGCGUUUUUGGUAUACACUCCAAGAAUAUUCGGGAAAGCAGGCAUGUCCGAUAAGAGCAAGGUGCUGCUAGCCACGGUGGGAAUGGGAAUCACCAAAUUAAUAUUCACAUUCGUGGCGGCGUUCUUGCUGGAUAGAGCAGGGAGGAGGGUUCUGCUGCUCAUCAGCUCAGGAGGUAUAGUGGUCAGCUUGGUAGGAUUGAGCGUGUGCUUGACAAUGGUGGAACACUCUAGAGAGGAGCAAGAGUGGGCAGAGGGCGUCAGCAUCGUGGCCGUUUAUGGCUUUGUGGGUUUUAUGGGGAUAGGAUUGGGGCCAGUGACGUGGGUUUACGGCUCGGAGAUAUUCCCCCUGAGGCUGAGAGCGCAGGGGCUUGGAAUCUGUUCGGUGGUGAACAGUGUUACGGGGGUGGCAGUGGUGAUGACGUUUAUAACAGUGUAUGAAAAGAUAACCAUGGGUGCGUUGUUCUGUGUGUUCACAGGGGCUACUGCCACUGCUUGGUGGUUCUACUACCUUUUCUUGCCUGAGACCAAGGGAAGGUCGCUGGAGGACAUGGAGGCCGUCUUUGGGAAAUGUCCUGCCUCCAAGCUUCAACCACCUGAUUCCAAUCAUUCAUAGUUGCUUGUUACAGAUGACAUGUUUAAAGACAUGCUUAUAAGAAUCUAACUACCAAUCUUACAUCAUAAUUCUUCUCAUCUUCUUAUUAAGAAUAUUAUUUAAGGGGCGGUGAUUAGACUAU